AUGGCAACAAAAGAGUUCGACGAACUCGCCCUCGAUGGGACUAACUAUCCCAUCUGGGCUUCUGAUAUCAAAAUCAAUUUUGCCUCUCGGGGGAUUCUAAAUACAAUUGAGGAACCUAAUGAUGGGGAUCCAGCAAUUGAGCCCAGGAAGCUCAAUAUAGCCCUUUUUCUUUUGAGACUCUACAUUCACAAGGAUCUCAAACAUGAAUACAUGUUAGAGACGAGCCCUCUCAACCUUUGGAAAGCUCUAAAAGAGUUGAAGUUUUGCGAACAAGAGCCAACGAAGGCAGAAAAGAUAGAGAAAACUCUAUCAACUAUGCUUCCGGAGGACACGAUACUGACUCAACAGUAUCGCGCUAACAAUUUCCAGAAACAUUCUCUGCUUAUACAUACAUUGACUCAGGCAGAAAGACACCAUGAGCUUUCUUUAAAGAAUGCCCAACAGCGCCCACCGGGCUCUGCUCCACUGCCUGAGGUGCACUUCAAUGUACAGAAUAAUGCUGAGAAUAAGAAAGGAUUCAAGGGAAAUUCUUCGAAUAAUCCUAAGAAUCUGACUGGAAAGCGCAAACGCAACAACAACAGGCGCAAAUUCAAGGGUCGAAAGAAAGGAAAAGGGAAGGGUAAGGCACCACAACCUCGUAGCAAUGGCAACAAGCAUUGCAACAGGUGUGGAUCUGACACUCAUGUCGCUAAAGACUGCCGCAUCCCGAAACAUCUCGUCCUCUUGUACCAAAAAUCCCUCAAGGACAAAAAAAUCUUCUGA